AUGGACUCGGUCAUCAGCGUUCUAGUCAGAACAGGUAUCGGACUUGCAAGUGUCCUCCUCCUUGCCAUCGUUGUCGAAAAGGCCUUCAGUGCCAGGCUGGAUCCGCGCGAGCCUCCUCUCCUGCCAUCCAAGCUGCCAGUCAUUGGUCAUCUAAUAGGUUUUCUCCGGUAUGGAAGCGCCUACUACAUGCAACUGUGCCGGAACAAUGAUCUACCAAUCUACACAAUCAACAUGCCCAAUGGCAAAACGUACGUGGCGGGGAGCACUCAGAUCGUGACGGUGAUCCAGAGAAACGCAAAGACGCUUUCGUUCGACCCCAUCUUGACCAUUGUCGCCGAGCGUCUCGGAGGCAUCACCGGCCGCCAUCUCCACAUCCUCCGGGAGAUCGAGAGCGGCGGUGACGGUGCGCACCGCAAGCUUGUCCAUGCCAUGUCACCUUCACUGACCGGGCGUGGACUGGACAUGAUGAAUACCCCCAUGCUAAAGGACCUGGAGGGCUUUCUCAACGAGCUGGAAGGGCAGCACGUUGCUUUCGAUCUGUGGAAGUGGACCAGACAUGUCAUCUCCAUCUCCAGCACCGAUGCCGUCUAUGGUCCCGAAAACCCUUAUCGGAUCGACAACGACCAGUACGAAGCGAAUUUCUGGACGUACGAGUCGAAUUUGACCAUGCUUCUGGUCAACGUAUACCCACAGUAUACUGCGAGAGAGUCGUACCGGCAGCGAGAAUGGCUGGCGGAGAGGAUGAUUGACUAUUAUCGCCGAGGGGCGUGGAAACGAGGCUCGCUGAUGGUGCAGAAUAGAUGCCAGACCGGCCUAGACAACCAAGUGCCGAUCGAGGCCAUCGCGCGCCUAGAAGUCCCCGGCGGAACAGGCAUUUUGUCCAACACAGUGCCCACGGCCUUCUGGACUCUGGUCAACAUCCUAUCGCGGCAGACCUUGCUCGCCGAAGUUCGGCAAGAGGUGGAGAAAGUGUUCACAGUCGAGAAGCAGCCAGAUGCGGAUGCGGGUGCGGGUGCCAAAGAGGUUUGGACGUUGGACGCGGCCGAACUCCGCACCAAAUGUCCACUACUGUUCUCUAUCUACCAGGAGACGCUGCGGACCCGGGCCUCGUUUGCCAGUCCCCGGUACGUCCUGGAAGACACGGUGCUCGAAGGCCGAUACCUGCUCAAGAAGGGUUCUAUCCUGCAGAUCCCCAGCGCCAGUCUGCACAACGAACGGUCCCAGUGGGGCGACGGCGCCCAAGACUUCGACCCCUACCGCUUCACCCAGAAGAGCAUGGUGAAGCGAUCGCCUGUGGCCUUCCGAGUCUUCGGCGGAGCCCCGGCCCUGUGCCCGGGACGGCAUUUCGCCACCGUCGAAGUGCUGUGCUUCGUCGGCAUGGUCGUCACCAGGUACGAUCUCAGCCCUGCGUCGGCGUCGGCGUCUACUUCUGCUACUGCUGUGGAACCCUGGAUCUUACCUCCGCCAAAUUAUGGAAACAUGGCUGCCAGUAUCCUACCUCCUCUGGGAGACAUCGCGGUCAAGGUUAGCACCAGGAAAGGCUACGAGGGCCGCAAGUGGCAAUACAAGGUGACUUCGCUGUCUAGCGAGGAAGAAAGUCUGUUUGCCUUGGCUUCCGAAGGCGUCGAGAAUGCUCAGGAUUCCUUGACCCGAGCAGGUGUCGGAUUGUGGAAGUAA